GCGUUUCGCGCCACUACGCAAUGUGCUGCGAGACGGCCGAGGUUACGGCGCGCAUAUGGAAGCGGCAGUGAGAUGGUCGCCGUUCGCGUCGAGCGAGCGGCCGCGCUUUCUGCUCGUCGACGUGAUCGAUCAGAGCGUGGCACUGCACGAGAUCACGCACUGGAGACGAAGUGCCGCUGGCUACAAGCAGCUGGCCCGCUAUGGCCGACUGCCCAACUUCGGCGCCUUUGACUGGUCCAAGACUGAUGAGUCCAUCGUCGCCCUCGGCCUCGUCUCGGGCAGCGCCUGCUUGGUGCAACUGAACCACGAUGGACGUGAGUCGGCGACUCUUGCCACAUUCAAGCUGCGCCAGCAGAGGAAGUGCAACUCCAUCGCCCUUGGCCCGCAGAACUGGCUGGCCGUAGCGCUGGACCGCACGCGAUCUGACGCCUGCCUCAACAUCUUCGAUGCGAAGGCCCCGCAGGAGAGCAGCAGCCAGGAGCCUCUGCGCCGCCUCUGUCCAGCAGAGGUCGUGUCGAGCGUGCGCUUCUCUCCUACGCGCCCCGACGAGCUCAUAGUCGCCGCGCAGCGCUCCUUCAUCCGCCUGUACGACCUCCGCGAUAGUGACUUUGGCAGCAACAGUAGUGUCCAAGUGGCGACUCGCAACGUCCACAACAUCGCCAUCGAUCCGCUGGACGACAAUUACUUCGCCUCCGCAGGCUCGACGGGCGACCCUUCUGUGACCGUCUGGGACAAGCGCUGGAUUGCCCAGAGUAGCUCAGGUUCAGGAGCGGCCGGUGCUGUGUUCGACUUUCAUCCCGCAGUCGAUGACACUUCACCAACAACGAUAUGGAGCCUUCGCUACUCCGGCCAGCAGCGUGGUCGAUUAGCUAUAUGCUCCAGUCGAGGCGAACUGAGAGUGGUCGACAUGGCAGAAGGCCGCAGCUCCAUUCUGCGCGGCUCGGAGUAUUUGCCCAGCAAUGCCCACGGCGGCCAGCCGUGGAAUCACAACCGAUACGUAUCCCAUGUGAGAUCUGUGCGACGCGCAGCGCAGGAACAUGCAGAGCCAAGCAGUACGCCGCCGCUCAUCGCAUUCGAUUGGAUAUCGGCAGAUCCUCAUGCUGCCGCACAGAACGUGUUGCAGCUCCGGCCAGAUCGCAAAGUUGACAUUGUACGUGUUCCACGUGCAGUUGCUGAAUCCUCCAUAACUGCCCGAGAUGACCUGAGUUUGGCCUAUGAUGACUUGGCGAUUGUGGAACCGAAGCUGGUCGUGGACUCCGGUGCAACACAAACGGCGAACCAGCACGAACGAACGGCCGAGGACUUCGGGCCUCAGGCCUACCAGGGCGAAGCAACGCAAGGGCACUCAGAAGAAGCAGCAUUGAAGUGCGCCCCUGACUCUGCACAGCUCAAGGACAUGCUAUCGAGCGCAUCAGUUCAGCGCGAGCGAUGUCGUCGGGGCUAUUUGUUUGACUGUGGCAAGAAUCUGAAAAUCAUCGCGGGGCAUUGGCAGCUCGAGCGUAUGUGGGAGUGUGUUGAUCGCUUCCGUCAGCAGGCCGCACGAAACGGAAUGGUCGCGGAGCGCCAACAGCUUGACCUUAGCUACAUCGGAGUGGCUGCAAUAUGUGCAGAGAAGAUGGGGCACCAUCGGAAUAGAAAGCUCUCCUUCACCAGUGGAAAGCUCGAAGAUGCUGUCGCUGAUCUGGUGGCCGCUCGUGGCCUGCCACCCUUCGAGGGGCAACGCACGGAUCAUCCAGAGAUUCGCCAAUUGUGCCUUGAGAUGUGCGGAUGGAAGUUCCACCAGGAGGCACUUGAGCAGGAGUGCCGCGAUCUUGCCGAUCGUGGACUGCAUUAUCAAGCUGUUGUGCAGGCAGUGCUGCACGAGCGCAAGCAUAUUGCUCUCAAUCUCCUCAGGUCGCUCAUCAGAUCUAAGACGAUACCUAAUAUCGGUCUGGGCGCACUCCUUGCGGCAGAUAGGAUUAACGAAGAGCAACGCGAGAUGUGUCUUUGGAUGACCGCUGAUACCGAUGACCCAGCACUCAAAGCUCUGCUGGCAUUCCUCAAAGCGGGCGAUUGGAGAGAUGUUAUGAAGACGAACUACCUUCACCUUGGCUAUCGUGUUGCUCUUGGUCUCAAAUAUUUGAACGACACCGAGCUUCGCGGCUUCAUACAGAGCGAGACGGCCAGAGCGAUCAAGAAUGGAGAUCUCGAAGGCAUCCUGCUCACCGGACUUGGCGAGCAAUCCAUGGAUUUAUUCCAAACUUACAUCACCAAGACCAAUGACCUGCAAACGGCUGUUUUGGCUACUGCGUUGGCUAACCCUCAAUAUGUUGACGAUGCGCGCUUCGACAUGUGGAAGGAAACUUACUUCAUGCAGAUGCAAAGCUGGCGAGCAUUCUCUGAAAGAAGCCGUUUCAUUGUUCAAUACGGACACAUGGCACAAGCCAAGGAUGCACCCCACCUCCUAGAUCCUCCGGCCGGAGGAAUCACCCUUCGAUGCAACCAUUGUAAUUUGUCACUUGCCAGAUAUGACGGGCGCAGUACCACAAGACGGGAGGCAAAGCCCGAGGCAAAGGCCUUGCCUUCCAUUGCUGCAGGAAUAGUAUGUCCGAAAUGCGGGCGACAUAUGCCUCGUUGUGGAUUGUGUAGAACGUGGCUAGGGACGCCAGACCCUAACAGAAGGGGCGGAGGGAAGGACCUGUCCCAAUUUAGCAAUGUCAUGUCGAAAUUUCUGACCUUUUGCGUAAGCUGCGAGCAUGGUUUUCAUGCCGAUCAUGCGCGAAGUUGGUUCGAGAAGCAUGAUGUCUGUCCAGUGCCUGAUUGCAGGUGUCUAUGUACAGUGACAUAGUACAGCCGUAGAUUCAGAUCAAAGCAAGCCUUGCACUUGAGCUCGAAUGUCGUGAGGAUCUCACAAGAUACGUAUGGGAGC